AUAAAAGAAGGAACAUGGCCGCUGCUAAUGACCGUCUUGGGAGCUCAUUUCUGAAGAUUUUUAAGCAUCCAGCCAGCUCUUAUGGUGGAUAUGAUUAUACUUUUGUUGAUGGUGACCCACCAAGCAACUACAUCUGUCUCAUAUGUACUUUAGUGUCACGUGAUCCUCAUCAAGUCUCCUGCUGCUAUAACAUCUACUGUAAGAGUUGUCUGGAUAAGCACAGGAAGAAAAACUCAAGGAAUGGAACAUUUCGCUGUCCUGCUUGUCGUGAGCUAUUGGAUUUAAGGAGCUACUUUAAAGAUGGAAGGAUGGAGCGUGAGAUAAAGGCCCUUAAAGUUCAAUGCACCAUUGAGGAGUGUGACUGGAAAGGAACUAUUGGUGAUAUUGAAGCACAUGUCAUGGCCUGUCCUUAUCGAAUGGUUGACUGUUCUCUGGGAUGUGGGGAAAAGAUUUGUUGUAGGGAAAUGGAAACUCACCUCAGAGAUUGUCCAAAGCGGAUAGUCAGUUGUCAGUAUUGUAAAGACGGAGGCCCUCAUGACAUCAUAACAAGUAGUGCUCAUCUUGAUGAGUGUCGUUCUUAUCCAAUCAAAUGCUCUAAUGAAGGUUGUGAAUUUAUUGAAGAACGCUUUUGGUUCAAAUAUCAUCAGAAACGUUGUCCUAAAGCUAUUGUUUACUGUGAAUACAGUAAUUUGGGAUGCGAUGAAUUAAUAAAGAGGGAAGAGCAAGAAAAACAUAAUGAGGAAUUUUCAAAAGAGCACUUGCAAAUGGCCAUCAAACAAGUUGAUUCUCUGCAGACGAAAUGCACUUGCAGUUCAAGCUCUAAAGUUUUUAAAACGAGUGGCUAUAAGAUGAUGCUCUGUGUAUAUGCUAAUGGUUAUGGCAGAGGAAAAGGCACUCACAUGUCUUGUUAUACUGUUCUUGUUCCUGGGGAGUAUGAUGAUGUUUUGGGGUGGCCAUUUGAAGGAGAAGUCACAGUAGAGCUACUAAACCAAAAUGAAGAUAGAAAUCAUAAGAAGCUUAUUAUCAAGUAUGACGACUCAACUCCUAAGGAUUGCAAGGAAAGGGUGACAAAAACAAUGUCAGAAAGGUGGGGGAAAGAUCGGUUCAUUGCUCAUUCUGCUCCUGAGUUUAAAGGCAUUGAAUAUGGUUUUCUGGGUCCACGGUAUUUCAGAGUCAGUGCAAGAGUCACUUCUAAGACUAAACCAUGGCUUGUAUAGUGUUAUAAAAGCAUGUCUAUUUGUCUUUCUUUUUUUCUUAAGUUUGUUAACAUUAAUUAUUUAAUUAUUAACAAUUUUAAUAACUCCUCCAACAUGGCUGCUCUUACAGAAGAUUCCUAUGGUGGAUAUGAUUAUACUUUUGUCAAUGGUGAUCCAUCUAGUAACUACAUUUGCCAUAUUUGUACUCUAGUAUCCUGUGAUCCUCAUCAAGUCUCCUGCUGCUACAACAUAUUCUGUAAGACUUGUCUGGAGACACAAAUCAAGCAAGGGAUUAACAUUAACUGUCCUAUGUGUCGUGAACCAAUGGGUACCAAUAGCUACUUUAAAGAUGGGAGAUUGGAGCGAGAAAUAAAAUCCCUCAAAAUAUAUUGUACCCGUUAUGACAAGGAAGGCUGCCAGUGGGAAGGAAUCAUUGGUGAUUUUAUCCGAGAGCACGUCCAUACUUGUUCUUACCAGUUGAUUGAGUGCACUCGUGGCUGUGGAGCUAAAAUGCUAAGAACUGACGUGGAGGCACAUCUCUCUGAAGUGUGUCCAAAACGAAUGGUCAGUUGUGAGUAUUGUAGACGUAAAGGCCCUCAUAAUCUAAUAACAGGCACUGCUCACCUCAACGAGUGUUCCCUUUACCCUCUCAAGUGUCGUUAUGAAGGCUGUGAUGUCACUAAGCAGCGUAUGUUCCUCCCUGCUCAUGAAAAGGUCUGCUCUAAGGCUGUUAUCUCCUGUGAAUACAGUAGUGUUGGUUGCGUUAAGGUUAUAAAGAGAGAAGACCAGGAGAAACAUAAUGAAGAGUUUAUGAAGGAUCACUUGCAGAUGGCAGUAAAACGGGUCGAUUCUUUACAGAUGAGAUGCAGUAUCAUAUCUAUCUCUGAGGUAUUUCGAUUAACUGAUUUCGUAAGUAAGAGAUGCUGCAAUGAGAUAUGGCGUAGUCCUCCAUUCUACUCCUCGCCUGGAGGCUACAAGAUGAUACUCAGUGUGUAUGCUAAUGGAAGAGAUAGUGCUAAAGGCACACACAUUUCUUGCUAUGCCUCAUUAGUUCCUGGAGAGUACGAUGAUACACUGGAGUGGCCAUUUCAAGGCAAAGUAAAAGUUACCUUACUGAAUCAAACAGAAAAUGCUAACCACAAGACUGUCUUUAUCACGUAUAAUAGUUUUACACCUGAAGAGUGUAAAUUUUUGACUGAGGCUAAAAUGUCUGAAGAAUGGGGAGUGUCUCAUUUUGUUCCUCAUUGUGAUUUGUGUCCAUUGUAUGACAGGAGGAACUGUCUUUACUUCAAAGUUGAUGUAAUAGCUAUCUCUGAGACUAAACCAUGGCUAGCAGGACUGGAUUAAUUAGUACUUUUACCUUCUUGUUAUUUGUUAAAAUAAAGGAA